CAUCUUUAUUUCCAGAGUCUUUGGAUCCUGUUUUUGAGAUGUUUUAUCUUUUUUUAGCUAGCUGAAUCAGGAUAGCUAGGCUGUUGGAGAUAGAUAAGGCUGAUUGGCUUGUUAGGUCGAGAUCACGACCACCAUCACAUAGUACUUUCCUGGUUAGGUCUUGUGUGCUGCUGUUGGAGAUAGAUAAGGCUGCCUGGCUAUAUUUCUCUGAUUGGCUUUCCUUUGUUUGCGUGCUGCCGAUCCUCCAUUCGCAGCACGAGAGGAGGUCGUGCCAUGGGGGGCAACCACACGAGGGCCAAGAGGAUAAGGCUGGAAGAGGAACCCCGCCGCCAGGAACUGCCACCCCACAGAGGAGAUGGCGCCGGCGCCGGCGCCCCCGAUCUGAUCAGCCGCCUCCCCGACGACGUCCUCGGGGGCAUUAUCACUCUUCUCUCCACCAGGGAAGGCGCCCGCACGCAGGCCGUGUCCCGGCGGUGGCGGCCCCUCUGGCGCGCCGCGCCCCUCAACCUGGAGGUGGACUGCGGCCUCUGCUGGCACAACGCCAAGGUCGACGUCCUGGCCACCAACAAGAUCCUCGCCGGCCACGCCGGCCCCGGCCGGCGCUUCGUGGCCCCCCGCCUCAACAUCCACCACGACGUGGCCGACGGCUGGCUGCGCUCAGGAGCCCUCACCGGCCUCCGGGAGAUCAAGUUCAGCUACUCAUCUGUGGACUCGCUGCCGCCGUCGGCGUUACGGUUCGCGGCCAUCCUCCGCGUGGCUAACUUUGGCAACUGCCGCUUCCCCGACGAGGUCGCGCCGUCGCUGAAAUUUCCCCACCUCAGGGAGCUUUCCCUGCUCGAGGUCGCCAUAUCGGAGGACGCCCUUCACAGCCUGCUCGCUGGCUGCUGCGCUCUGGAGAUCCUCUUGCUGGAGCGCAAUGCCGGCAUCGGCCGCCUGCGCAUUAGCUCGCCGACUCUGAGGAGCAUCGGCUUCAGUGGACCUUGGGAACAACAAGGCUCAGAGGCCACCAAGUUCCGGGAGCUGGUCGUCGAGGACGCUCCUCGCCUUGAGAGGUUGUUGCAGCUUCACCCCGACCGGGGUCCGGGAACCAUCCAUGUGAUGAGGGCUCCUAAACUCGAGACAGUGGGAUUGCUUUCAGCUGCCAUGUCCAAACUCGAGUUACUUGGAACCACACCUUUUGAAAAAAUGAUUGCCCUAAGCUUGGGAACCUCGAUGGAGACUGUAAAGGUUUUGGCCCUUGAGUCUGUGGGGCCUAAUCUGGACUCAGUUGUCGACUUCCUCAAAUACUUCCCUUGUGUGGAGAAACUAUAUCUCAUAUUUAAACGACUGGAGGCUAUGAAAAACACGCGGACCUAUGAUCCACUAGAUCCGGUUGAAUGCCUGGAGCUUCAUCUCAAAAAAGUGGUCGUGGACGAUUAUGGUGGCAUGGGACCAGAUGUUGACUUCAUCAAGUUCUUCGUUUUGAAUGCAAAGGUGCUAAAGGAAAUGUAUUUGGAUGUUGUCCCCAGCUGCAAUGACAAGUGGAUGGCGAAUCAACGUAGACGACUUCAACUGGACAACAAAGCUUCACCAGACGCUCGAUUUGCAUUUGACAAUCGUGCUGCAGGCGCCUCUCCCCCCGAAUUUUGGAACGAUGAUCCCUUUGAGUGGUUUGACCAGCAAAAUUUCCUUAGAUCUGCUAGAAUUUUGGAUUGAUCAGAAAGGGGACCAACUAGCAUAUAUUUGUAUGGCAAUCGUGCUGCAGACAUCUAUCUCUCUCCCCAAAUUAUGCGCAUAUAUAUGGUGCGCGCGGAUAGUGGGGAGCCAAAAUAAUGCUGGAGCAUUUGAUGGUCGUUCAUAAGAUUGUGUGUUUUUUCUGUCGAAGUUUUAUCAUAGAAGUAUUUCUUUAUUCUUUUUUGAAAGACCCACAAUUUCCAUCAAACUGGUGUCUAAUUAGGAUC